GAAAUGUUUUAAAAUAAGAAAUUAAAAAUCAUGUAGUCUAAAAUUAUCAUGUCGCAGCGGGGACGGUGUUCUGGAGGCCGAAAAUUGGAUGAUGAACUGAAAGGGAAGAAAGCCGCUAACAAAUGGAUAAAUUAAGACAAAAGUUGAGUUUCAGGUAUAGCAACAACUUAAAAUAACAAGGAGAAGAACAUAGUUGGAAGUUGCUAAUUUCCAGACAAAAUAAAUAGACACCAAUGUUGGUGUAUGCAUUAGAUUAAUUGAAGCAAAAAGAUCAUAGGUUGUUGGGGGUGAGGGAUAGAGAGAAGAAAAAACCAAAUGAGCCAUAGCCAAGAAUUCUAUACCAAAGGAAAGUAUAAGAUAAUCUAUGGCAUGAGAAAUGAAUUUACGAUAUGUUAUAAUGAAACCAAGCCUAUUGUGAACAAUUACUGGCAAUCCGUGAACCCCAUGAUGAAAACGCUUCCUAUCUUUUUGCUGCAAUUAAGUGUGGCCAUAGCCAUUGGUCGUGUUUUUAUGAUCGUCCUCAGGCCUCUUCGCCAACCUCGCUUUCUUUCUCAGCUUCUUGCGGGGGUUCUGCUAGGCCCGGGUGCGCUGGGAAUAUCGGGCAGGGUAGCUAAUGAUCUUACUCCUUUUGAAGGGAGCAUGUUUCUGGAGACAAUGGCCAACCUUGGGGUAACAUUCUAUAUGUUCCUCGUGGGGCUGGAGAUGGACUUGACCCCAAUUCAAAAAAUGGGAAAACCGGCCUUGAGCGUUGCCAUUUCUGGUAUGCUUUUGCCCCUGGCUGCAGGAGUGGGAUUACAUUCCAUGGCGCUGCAACGACAAACCGUACGCGCACCAGAGAUGGGGGCAUACUUCUGGUCCAUUGCCCUUACCCUAACAAGCUUUCCCGACCUAGCUCGAAUGCUUUCAGACCUGAAGCUCAUGUAUACGGAUCUUGGUAAAACUGCCUUGACAGCAGCCGUUGUCAAUGAUCUCUCAUGUUGGUGUCUUCUGGUGGUAGCUGUAAGUUUAAUCAACGGGGAAAAGGAGUUGUAUGUGGCGAUUCCAGUGUUGGUGGGCAUGACAAUCUUCUGGUUUUCGUUGCGUCCGUUAAUCCGUAAGAUACUGAGAUAUAUAUCAGCAACCAGCAAAGAAGCAACAACUUCGGAUAAGCACAUAUAUUUCAUUCUAUCAUUGGUGUUCCUGUCAGGAUUUGUGACAGAAUUAUGUGGGGCGCACUCCAUUUUUGGAGCUUUUAUGUUUGGACUGAUGAUACCCGGAGGAGAGCUAGGGACGACCAUCAUGGACAAAGUUGAAGAGUUCGUAGUGGGGAUUCUGCUGCCCCCUAUAUUCUUGAUUACCGGCACCAGAACCAAUAUCCAGUACAUUUUUGCUGACUAUUCUGUUGGACUGGUCAUCGCAGUUGUACUUCUGGCUUCCUCUGCCAAGAUUAUAAGUGCUCUUCUUGUCUGCCUCUACUUGAAGUGCCCUGUGCGGGAUGGCUUGGCCCUUGGUGUCCUCAUGAACACCAAAGGUGUUCUUGCCCUCAUUAUUCUUAAUGAAGGACGAAACAUGAAGGGUUUUGACCAACAAACAUUCUCUUGGAUCGUGGUUGCCAUAGCGUUUAUGACCGCCAUUAUUGGCCCGAUUGUGAGUUACACUCACAAGUCUGAAAGGCAUUUAAAGUACAUGGAUAGGCACUUAGAGAAAUGUAAAACAGAAGCACCAAUUCGAAUCCUUGCAUGCGUUCAUUCCACCAGAAAUUUGUCGGCCAUGAUUACCCUCUUGGAGAUUUCAAAUGCUACAAGAAAAUCCCCGAUUAUAGUGUUUGCUGUUCAUUUGGUUGAGCUGGCAGGGCGGGCUUCUGCAAUGCUGAUUUUCCAUGAUAAGGAUAAGACGGCUGAUACGGGACACACUUGCAGCCGAGAAAAAGCUGAGGCGGAGCAAAUAGUGAGUGCCUUUGAAUCCUUUGUGGACAACAACCAUGGGGCCACUGUUAAGCCACUAACAGCAGUGUCCCCUUACACCACCAUGCACGAGGAUGUCAACCAUUUUGCACUAGACAAGAUCGCCAAUAUCAUUUUGAUCCCAUUUCACAGGCGAUCCGAUCCAGUUGGUGGAUGGACGGAAGAAAAUGUUCAGCACAAGCUAGUGAACCAAAAUUUGUUGGCCACUUCACCCUGUUCCAUUGGUUUGCUUGUGGAUCGUGGUCUAACGAGUUUCGCGGAAUCACAAAAAGGCACGCAGCAGGAAUGUCGAAUUGCCAUGUUGUUCGUUGAGGGAACUGAUGAUCGUGAAGCAUUAGCUUAUGCGUGGAGAAUGGCAGGCACUCCAAGCGUAACGCUUUCCGUAAUCCGAUUCGUUCCAGGAAAAGAAGGUUCGGAGUUUAUGGAGAACUCAGGAGACAAUGAGGAGGAGCCAGAUAUUUUCACAGCUAUGUUUGAGAGAGAGACGCAGAAGCAGCUUGAUGAUGAUUACAUAAACCAGUUCAGGUUCAAGACAAUGCAUGAUCAAUCUAUAGCUUACGUUGAAAUACAGGUUAAUAGUGGGGACCAGAUUGUAUCGGCCAUAAGUAGUGAGUUCUACGAUUUCGAUUUAUACGUAGUAGGAAGAGGACAUGGUUACACAUCCCAAUUGACAGCAGGGCUAUCAACCUGGAGUGAAUUCCCUGAAUUGGGAGUUAUGGGCGAGACAUUAAUUUCAAUGAAUUUGGAAACUCCAGCCUCUGUUUUGGUAGUGCAGCAAUCUCAUCCUGUAUCAUCUGGAUCCAAGAAGUUCACCUCCAACUCCACCAAGGAUGUUUUUGGAAAUAAGGGGGUAACAGCUUUCGUGAAUCACAGAAAGUCGGUUGAUGGUUUUUGAUCAAAAGUCAUAUGAUGGAAUGACACUCCACUCACUACCCAUUAUCUUCUUCCUUUUGCUGCUGAUUACAUGAAAAUGAGAAUUCAUGCUUCACAAAGUUUCAAUGGUGGAUACUUCAUACAUUAUUGCUUUUGCAUUUAAUACUUCAUACCAAAGAUGAAACUAAACAUUUCUGAUUUCUUUCUUUGUUUCUUGCUCUUGUACUCCCUAGCUGUUUUGAAUAGGAAACCCUGAUAUAUACAUUUCCCUAAUUUCCCACCCCUUCAUAUGUGUAUAUAUAUAUAUAUAUAGGUCCUGGAAAAACUUGGGUUAUAAAUAAAUAGUUGGUUUUCUUUUAUUAGAAAAAAUUGUUGAUAAAUGUAUAAGAUGUGGCAGUGGCAUGCAUCAUUAAUUCAUUACCGACAGCUUAAGAGUGAAGACAAAAGAACUCAAGACCAAACAAAAACACGGUGUUGAAAACAUGAUUGAUAUUUUAAUGGUGGGCAUUUUGGUUUGGAGUUUGGUCAGUGCUGUUUGCGUAUGGAUAAUUAUCUUUUCCGGGUAGGUUGCUCUGCGGCCGAUUGUAUCAUCUUUUUACUACAAAUAAAGAGGUGUCUCUUUUGCAGCCAAUUCCAUGUUAAAUUUCUCAUGAACGAGCGGUGAAAGUGAAGCAGUUGCAGUAUUCGUAGCUUUUCUUUUAUUUUUUGUAUAUUAUUGGCAUUUUAUAAGAAGACGAAGCUUUGAAGCAUCAAACUUUCGCUUCUUCUCUUAA